CGCACUCGCUCAGGGAAGGGAGGGACGACAAACAGGACAAGUCUGGCACAACGCCACCCAAACAUGUUCCAAGCAUUCCAACUAAUAUUGGCAUUGUCCUAUUGUUUCCUGGCCAUUGAAGUUGACACCACCUAACCGCUCCACACUCAUGUGUGGCUUUUGGAUCCCGGAAAAAUCUUGCAAUGCGUCUCAUGACCAUUUUCGUUCUCUGGGGCGUCUCGGCUCUUCAGCCCGUACCUCCUCCGCCUUUUGCCAAUGGCUCGUCUGGUGGGCUUACUCUCGAUAACAUGUCCAAGACCAUCUACAUCACCAGCAACCUGGCUUCACAUCGUGAUUCCGAGGGUUUGACUCUCAUACCUCCUUCAGGAUAUGAUUUCGCCAGCAUACUCCAGGAUGAGCUGUCUAGUAUUACGCAAUGGGAUUGGUCGCUGGAGGUAGUUGAUGCCGUUUCGGAAGGCAAUUCUGGCAUUUUUCUCGAUCUUAUCGCAGCGAACGCGAGCGCAAAUUUCACGUAUGAGAAUGGAAUACCGACGGAGGAGGGAUAUACUCUAUAUGUUGAUGAGGAGACUGCUUAUAUUGGCGGAUCCGGCUCUCGAGGAAUGUGGUGGGGAACACGAACACUCUUGCAGCAGCUUAUGUUGUCGAAUGGCACCUCGGUGCCUGCAAUUACCAUAAUGGACGCCCCUGCUUACGCAACCCGAGGCUAUAUGCUUGACGCUGGUCGAAAAUGGUAUUCGCUAGCCUUCCUGAAAGAAAUGUGCACCUACGCGUCCUUCUUCAAGAUGUCCGAGUUUCACUACCAUACGAGCGACAAUUUCCCGCUCAAUCGAGGCCACAAUGACACCUGGAACGAGGUAUACGCCCAGUUCUCUCUCCGACCAGAGAGUGCUGAUUUGGAGGGCAUUAUACAAAGAUCCAACGAGACUCUCAGCCGGAAGGACUUUGAGGAUCUUCAACAACACUGUGCCCAAAGAGGCGUCACGGUAGUCCCUGAGAUCGAAGCACCAGGGCAUUGUCUCACCAUUACCAAGUGGAAGCCUGAGCUUGCCCUCGACAAAAAAGAUCUCCUGAAUCUCACGCACCCCGACAGUAUACCAACGGUCAAACGUAUCUGGCAGGAGUUUCUGCCCUGGUUCCAAACGAAGGAAAUUCACAUAGGUGCUGAUGAGUACGAUGCGACUCUGGCAGAUGACUACAUUUCCUUCGUAAAUGACAUGGCUGUCUUCGUCAAUGAGACCUCAGGGAAGAGAAUACGCAUCUGGGGUACGCACGAACCUUCCGAAAAUCUUACUAUAUCAAAAGAGGUCAUCAUUCAACAUUGGCAGUAUGGUCAGUCCGACCCAAUCGAGCUGCAAAGCGACGAAUAUGAGAUGGUCAACUCGCAGGACUGGUGGGCAUACAUGUCGUUGAAGAAUGACCACGUUCCUAUUAGCCCGUCCCCGUACGCGCAAUUCUUUAACGAGUCCCGAGUGAUGAAUUUCGCGGAUCGAGUAGGAUGGCAAUGGCAGCCGGCAUUCUUCAACCAGCUCAACACCACUGAACAGUUACCGAAUGAGGCCAGUGAGAAUAAAGGCGCCGUAAUGGCGGCCUGGAAUGAUAACGGACCCGAUGCUACAACUCAGUUGGAGGCAUACUACGCAAUGAGACGUGGGAUACCUCUAGUGGCGGCUCGAGCUUGGAGCGGAGCCAGGGGCGCAGCACUGGAUGCAGACACAAUUGAUCAGACGCUCGACUUUCUAUCCGCCAAAGUCCCCGGACAAAACCUGGACCGAAAAACGGACUUCAUCUCGUGGAAUCGUGGCACUGAAGCCGACCCCGUAGCUUUGGGCCACGGCAGCAAAGGCAUGAACUACACGCUCAUCAUCUCGGCAACCGGUCCCUUCACCCUCUCUUCCGUGGACGUCACUCUAUCACUUUCGGACAACGGCACCUUGGGUUUCAAUUCGGACGGAUGGGAAUACCCCCUACGCUCAGUUUCCGAGACGGACGGUUUCGAUCCUAGACAUCCGGGCCGAAUUUGGGUCAAUGCCACAUCGUCGUCUCACGAAGUCGUAAAAGUCCCCACGCCGGUUGAUAUCAAGAUCACAGGUGACGUUAUCGGAGGGAGUCGGGUGUUUCUCAACGGAAGCUUUGCGGGUAGGUUCGAAGUCUUCGUAUUUGGGGGCAGAAAUACCCAGUUCAGCUGGAGCCAGAUGGCGUUUGUGGCACCGCUUGAAACACUUUCGGGUGGGAUUGGAAAGAUAUUACUCAGCGAUAAGGUGGAAGAGAGCGGUGGGACGAAAAGGCCUCCGGUUCAGAGUUUUGGCGAGUCAGCAUACCAGAGGAUGAUGGGCUUAGGGGUCUGGGUUGCGAUGAUGGCUACUGUGAGUUGUCUCGUGUUUUUCUAGAGCAUGUCAGGGUACAACGGCGCAGUUCAGUAGAAUCGGUCCGUCAACGUUUCUGUGCCGCGCUUCUACGUGGUUUUGAUUGCCCAAGGCUUUUUCGAGGUUGUCUUCCGUAGUGGUCAUGCAAUGUCCAACAUCCGCUAAUUACUGGUGAGGGGUCCAACGGCACUGCUUGAAUUAAGAACAGCUUGAGUCGUAUAUACACUGGAUAUUCCCGUUUCUUGGAGGUUCACAAAUCGAUCGAGGUCUUGGGUUGAUCUGAAAAUAUAAUCAUACUCAAGAAAGCAGGUUUCCUCCUCACGUACAACGAAUCUGACAGCGGACUCUUUGCCUAUUGCAUUUGUUCGCUUUCAUCUGCAGCUGUUUCAAACUUUUGCUGCCUUGUACCUUUUACUCGCUGAUCCAG